CUGCGGCGCGCGGGGCAGGGGCGGGGCCUAGCCGGCCGCUGUGAUUGGCCCCUCUCCCGGCCAGCCCCCGCCCCCCGUGCCGGGCGUGGGGACCGGGCGGGAAGGGAAGCUGCUCGGCGGGAGAGGUCGUUGGCCGCCGCUCGCCCGCAGGUCCCUCAUUAUUUGUAUACAGAAAAAGGAUCAGCCAUGAAAUGUGUAAGAAAAAGAAGCACUGCGGAGCAGUUCGAGACUUGUGGCAUCUGGCUGGACACUGCAAAGUUAAAGAAGCGCAAAAUACAGACUCUUGUAUCCAAGCCAACUUCAAACACGCCAAAUCCACUUCUUGAGAGGAACUGUAAUAGUCACAUUUCAGUUAAUUUUACUCAGACAAGGCUUUCUCAGCCAUACACCAGGCAAACUACCAUCUCUUCGUUCUUCAGCAUUCAACCAACAGGUGAAAAGGAUGAUGAAGAAAACUUAAAGCCAUAUCCUCUUAUGUCAAAUAAAACACACCUAGGAAAAGGCUCUGAUUUCUUGGCUGCCUCCUCUAUGAAGAACUCGGGAGCUGCUAAGUUAGAGGAAGUCCAGGCACCAACCUUGAGCCCUCAGGAGGACAACAUUCAGGAGUGUAGCCAGCUGCUUGUACAAAACACGCAAGGCUUGAGCAUUCCCCUGGUGAACUAUACCUUCCCACAAGCACAGGUUAACAGCAGGAGUGAGUGCACAGCCAUUGCAAGGACAUCUGCAGGUGAGACAGAAGACUCUCUCUCCAUAAACUUCACCCAGGAUUCAGAGGACAAUAGGGUUCUAGCUCACAGGAAUUCAGCUGACUCAUUCACUGGAAGUGUUUCUGUAGCAAAUGGGAUAAUUUCAAGCAAGAGCGAGAGUUAUUGGAUAGGUGAGAAAGAGGCCCAUUUGUGCUCCAAGAGGGGGAUAACUAGAGUGGGUCUCAAACCUAAACACCUGAUAAAGCAAGGUAGGAGGAGAUGCAAAAACCUGCCCCCUCGUGGAAUUUCUUUCAUGGAUUUCUCAGAGGUUGAGAAUAUAAGUCCUGCUCCCAAGGGUAACGAAGGCCAGCAGACCAAUUGUCCUCUCUCCCAGGGGCGAACAGCUAAAACAGAGCUUUUGAGAGACAGUAGUCAAAAUUUUGCUGACUUUUGGACAAGAAACUCUCACAAUAUGGCUGGUUCAGCAGAAGAGCAGGGGGACAGUAAGAGUAGUUCUACCACACAGUUGUUUACCCAGGAUUCAGAGGGAUACAGAGUCAUUUCUCACCAGCGCUUCUAUGAGAGUGUCAGAUCUCCUUUGCAGAAAAAGUAUCUACAGGACAAAACCAAUUUUGUCCAGAGGGUGCCUAGCCCACCCUCUGUGGAUUGCUUUAAAGUUUAUUCUUCAGGGGCAUCGGACAGGACUCCUUUAGCUACUACAGCCAUUAAUUUAUGUGAGCCUGAGUCAUGCUAUGAUUUGCUAUUCACAGAGGAUUCAGAAGGAAAUAGAAUUAUCAAACAUUGAUUCAGUAGUAAUUUUUUUCUGAAUGCAAUGGGCUGCUGAAAAAUUGACAUUUUUUAAUGUAUGUGAAAAUUCCUCUGAAGCCUCCACAGUGCAUCACUUUCUUUAAGAUACAAGGACUGUGUAAGUGUACAUCUUGCAUAUAUGGCCUUUGGCUAUCAGUGGUAUAGACCCACACACACAGGCUAUUUAUGCUGCAUGCAGAAUUGUCUUUGAUUAAAAAGAGAUUCUACAUGUGCAAAUAAAGUGAUAAUUUUAUAGCAAGAUGGGUUGUAAUCAAGUUUCCACAUCUGCUUCUACCUGUGCCCUGCUCAUAGGGACCAUGUUGUCAAACAUUGUAUCUGUGUGACACCAUCAAUUUGCAUGUUUGGCAAGGCUCUGGUUAGUGGUGGUGCUAUAUAAAAGGAAGCAUGAAGGGUACUUCAAUCCCACAUUUGAAGAAUAAGGACCUGUUACUUAUUCAAGGGAAAAGACACCUUGCCAUUGAUUUAGAACAUUGCCACUCAUCUUGUAAGAUCUGAAUAUUGCAAUAUGUCUCACAAGUCAGAGUCCACAAGCCUGAGGAUCCACACUGUGUAGUCUAGUGUCUCACAACACAUCUACAGGUGGAUUAUCUACCCCCCAAAUUUAGGUUCAGCUGCCCAGUCAAGUGUUUAAUCAUAACAAACACAGUUAGCUUGUGGAAUUCACUGGUAGAGGAUGUCACUAAGGUCAAGAGUCAAAAAUGGACUGGACAUGUAUAUAGCUAAGAACAGCCCUGAGAAUAUUUAAAAACAAGUUUGUAAAGGACACAGAGCCUCUUGCGUCAGCAGACAAAACAACCCCUAAUUGACCAUUGUUAUGAGCACUGGAUCGAAGUUGCAAGCAACUUCCUUUGAAGCAUGUGGUACUGGUUAGUUGACUAGAUGGACCCCAUGGUCUGCUGUGUGGUAAUUGUUACUAUAGCAACAGAACAAUAUUUUGACUUAAAGGGAGUAUGCACGCUAUAAUGCUUCUUAAGGGGCACAGUUGUCAGCUAUACAUGUCCCUUCAUUAAAUUAGUAAGAUUAAGCUACUUUGCUCAAUAGAAAAAUCAACGAUCAUCAUCAGAAACUGUAGUUGUACCAUCCCCACCAAAGGCAGCUAGUGUGGAAAAGGAAGAGAUGUACAUAACAGGCAUUUUAGACCUUGCAAGCCAAAGUUUGUAGCUGCGUACAAGGUGGGAUCCUAGACAUUCAGUAUUAAUUGUGAUUGCCACCAGAGUGCUUAAAUAAAGCAAGAGUGCAGUGGCAGGUUUACUUAUUUUAAAAUAGAAACCUUGAGAUUACCACUAUCGCCAGAUCUGGCUUCACAAUUUGCAGGGCCCCACAACUGCCACAGUAAGGAGGGAUAGCAAGGAAGUCACAGUGUGACUUUUCUUGCUGGUUCUAACAGAGCAAGCUUCCUCCCUCUCUAAGCCGGUUACUGGCUGCAGGAGCGAAUCUGGACUUGAAGUGAGGUUUUCCCACACUGGUCACACCACCAGUGUAAGGAAGAAUCUGGCUUGGGUACAUUUGUACCUGUUAGGGGAGAGAGGCCAAUUCACCCCAUUCAGAGGCAGCAUGAUAGUAUAGGGCAGGAAGAUCACACAAAAGUGCAAUCAUCUGCAUUAGCUGACCCCAUAUUGUCCCUAUUAUGUGGGACUAGGCUCCCAUGUUUUCCUCUGACAAUACAGUAUGGCCACAGCUGUGUAGACACAGAUGCAUUUUGGGAAAACAUGGCUAAUCUUCCCUAUUGACUCAGCAGAGGUGGGUGGGUGUGUGUGUAGAAUUGUGCAAUGGACCUUGGGAAUAUUAUUCCACACCAAGGACUAAAAUAUGUGCCAGCCAGGCCCCCCAGUUAUACUCUCCCAUCCUUCAGAAGUGGUGAUAAGUAGGAACUAAUGGGGUUAGAUACCAACUGUGUGUGGUGUGUUUCUGGCAGAAUGACAACGUUGUGUAUAGCUUCCUGCAGCACAAAUAUUGUGGGAAAAUAUGGCGUGGGAGCUGCUCACUCACCCCAUUCCUGACACACAAUAUUUUAAAUAGGCAUGCAUUGAAUUUUCAAUUCUCUGUUGAGUUGCAAGGACAGUAGAGUGACUUCACAAGAAAGCAACACAGGAGAGACUAGGAAGAGGGAGCCACAGGACCCAGUGAUUGCGGACAGACAGAUGUCAAGUUGAGGCAACAUGCAGCAUGGUGAUUCAUGCCCUCUGCUGCAGCAAAAACAGCCCAAAACACCAAUACUCUGCUACAAGCAAUGUUUCAGAUACCAGUACAAGCAGACAGAACCAGUCCUCCAAAAAAACCCAGCACAGCUGUUGACUAUUGAGGAAACCUGCAAAUAUCAUUGGAGAACUAAGUAUAGGGAUCCAUUUAUAUAAAAGAAUCAUCAUCUACCUUAAAUACAGCUGAGAGACAUUAGCGCAGAAUGACACUUCAACCAGUGACUUUGAUUUAACUCUCUCCUUUCCUUUUCCCCACAUGGUUUCCUACAGGACUCAACUCCUAGCUUUGAUGAUUCAGUAGAUAAACUUUAAGUCACAUUAACUGGACAAAAUCCUUACUGAAUUUUAAUAAAGUUAAUUGAAUAAAAAGAUCAUUUUAAUGAAA